UGUUUUGAAUCGCUACCGCCCCAGCGUCUUGCCACGUUGCUACUACAAUUGCAGUCUCCUUGUUCUUUUGCUUCGGCGACGAUGCCGGGCCUGGUAGGGAGGGGAAGUCGGCCCAGUCCGGAAUCGCUCGGCAAAGUUCGGAAGCGGGUUUAAACGAGCGAGCGGAGCGCUCCGCUGAGACGAGCGCGGAAGGGUAAGGGAAUAAAGAAAAGAAAAGGGGUGAGGAGGUCGCGUCGUCGGGGGUUCAUAUCGUUCUUCCUCGGCUUGGGAAAGGAAACGUAGCUGAGAAGCCAGGCGGGGGCGGCUCCGCGAUGCUAACCGACAGCUUGGUGGAGGAGUUCGAGAUCCGCGACGAUGAGCCUUGGUACGACCAGCAGGACCUGCAGCAAGAUCUCCACCUUGCUGCUGAGCUUGGGAAAACGCUCUUGGAUCGGAACACAGAGCUGGAGACGUCUCUGCAGCAGAUGUAUUCAACCAAUCAAGAGCAACUGCAGGAGAUAGAGUAUCUCACAAAGCAGGUGGAACUUCUGCGUCAGAUGAAUGACCAACAUGCCAAAGUCUACGAACAGCUUGAUGUCACUGCCAGAGAACUGGAGGACGCUAAUCAAAAGCUAGUUUCUGAUAGUAGAGCCUCGCAGCAAAAGAUACUGAGCCUGACUGAGACAAUUGAAAGUCUUCAAACCCACAUUGAUGACCUCCAGAGACAAGUGGAAGAGCUGAAGAAUUCUGGGCAAGGCCUUAUGACCCGUGAACAGUAUGAGCAGCCAAGAUCUGUUCACAGUUUUUCAUGUCUGAAGGAAUUGUAUGACCUUCGCAAGUAUUUUGUUUAUGACCAUGUUUUUGCGGAAAAAAUUACUUCUAUGGAUAGCCAGCUGAGUCCUCUGGAGGAAGAAAAUCAGAAUUUUAAAAAAGCAGUGACACUCUUGCAAACACAGCUGAACUUGGAAAAGGAGAAGAGGAGGACAAUGGAGGAAGAGUACACUCUCAUGCUGAAGGAGAACUGUGAUCUUGAGCAGAGGUUGGUGGAUGUAGAUCUGUACCGAGCCAGAGCUGAAGAGCUUGAGGUUGAAGUGGCUGAAAUGAAGCAGAUGUUUCAGUCUGAAAACACAUUUGCUAAUGGGGUGGAAAAGCUUGUUCCAGAGACUUUUUUUAUUUCGUUUAAAGACUCUUUAGAGAGAGAUCUGAGUCAGAGCCCUUCAGAUGGGGUGCUUUUAUGUGUUCCAGAACCUGACAGAAGGGUGCUGAAAAGAAGCACCAGCGAGACCUUUCUUGGCAGUGCUGCAGGAGGGGACCUUCUAAAAGGCCAUGAAGAAACCUGUAUCCGCCGGGCAAAAGCUGUGAAGCAAAGGGGCAUCUCUCUGCUUAAUGAGGUUGAUGCACAGUAUAAUGCUUUGAAGGUCAAGUAUGAAGAACUUCUGAGAAAGUGUCAAGUAGACGAGGAGUCACUGAAACAUAAGGCUGUACAAACUUCAAAACAGUAUUCCAAAGAUGUAGAUGUGGGGAAUGUAUCCUUGGACAUAUGUGUUGGAGAACCUGAAUCCACAAAUGCUGACCCAGCCUGCUUAUCUUCAAACACUCCACCUGAAUACAAACUUCUCUUUAAGGAAAUCUUUAGUUGUAUCAAGAAAACCAAACAGGAAAUAGAUGAACACCGAGCAAAGUAUAAAUCUCUCUCUUUUCAGCCUUAACAUCACUACUACAUCAGAAAAGAAUUGCUCUUUAAAGUAGCCCUGUUAAUGUUUCUUUGAAAAUACUGUUGCAUGUUUAUUCUGCCAGAGUGUAUGUAGGUUGACUUUUGUUAAAGUUGUAAAAUGGGUUGGCUCCACUUGAUUAGUUAUGUGCAUUUGGAACACGGUUGCUUUCACCAAAUGAUUUAUUUGCUCAGGGCCAGUUAGAUGAUGAUGAUAAAUUGGCAAAUUAUACAUGAGUUGGCUAACCCUCCUUACACUAAAGCUCAGUCCUUUGGAGAAAUGAGAAGCGUGCAGUAGCUGCAUGUACAGAGUUGCCACUCUCAGAUGUCUGGGCUUAGAUUCUUCCUGUGGUCACAAGUUGGAAAUCCUCUUAUAGUGUCGAGUUUACCUUGGCAAUGGCAGUUCAGCAACUAAACAUAUGAAAUUAAACUACAAGUCUGACAUUUUUAUAAUUAUAAAUUUAACAAUAAAGUUUGAAGCAGUGAUCGAUUUUGUUUUCACCUGCUUAAAUGGAUUUAACACUGUAUUUUCUGAAAAUCCAGUAUGGUCACUGGAAAAAAUGUUCUGUAAGAAUGAUUGAAAGAGACGUGCUCUUUGCUAGUUGUGUGCAACUGUUGCAUGACAAGUAUUUUUAUGUAUCCAUUCUAUGUUUAAGAGCUAGGAGUUCAAAUUGCUCCUAAAGGCAAAUAGUCUUCAUGGAAUUUUGGAAACUUUUUUCUUCUGAAAGAAUCAGCGAAAAAAUGCUUCUGCUGUUCUGUGAAAUGUGGGCAUUCUUUUCCUCUGUACAUCUGAAAUAGGACUCACUGCUAUAUCCAAACAGUUGAAGUACUUGGAACUAAGCAUGGCUUACACUGAAUACUUAUUUAUAUGAAGUACACUGAUUGUAAUGCCACAUCCAAGUAAAAAUGGCAGAGUACACAAGGACCUUGACUUCCCAUGAAAUAGCAAACUUAAGUUUCUGUCCCUGGAUCCUCCACAUUUUCUAUGUAGCUAGUUUGGGUAAGAUUUUCUGAGUAUUGAUGGCAUAAGCUGGACAUCACAGCAGCAUGAACCAGUAACCAUUCCUCUCGUGUACUGAGCUGUCAUUGGUAUAGCAAAUAUUUUGUAUAUAAAAGGGACCAGGAUGUGAUGGUGUGGAUAUUUCUGAGGCGCAGCGAAUGCAUAAAAUGUUUAGUCUUAAGGUGAAAAGGUUAUUCAACACACUGUUCUGUUGCUAAUAAUGGCAUUUGUUGCAGAUGCCACUUUCAUAUUUUUGGUAGUUUUAAGAAUAUUGCAUUUAGAUGAACAUGAAAGAUGGCUUCAUGUACCCUAUAAAAUCCUGAUAAGCAGUCAGAGGAAUAGGUAGGUCUCAAUAGAUAGGUGCAUUUCUAGACUGUAUAAAGCUAUUUGCAGAAGAAUAUUUUGGGAACACAGGCUGAACUUACCUGAUGUAUUUUCUGGGUAUAUAACAACAUCAGGGGCUAGAAGUCUAUUCUUAAAGAAAGAUGAUAAUGAAGCUGAUAAAUAAGGUUAAACCAAGUCAGCCAAAACAACAAAAUGUCAUUUUUUCCCAAGGGUAAGGAGUGCUGGACCCAUCAACAGUAGUAAUGUGAUUAUUAUGUUACUAAGUUAAAAAACAGAACUUGAGCUGCCUAAGAAAAAUAUUGCAACUUUAAUUUAGUUGCUGUUGCUAACAUAUUUGCCUUAUGUACAGGGUAAAAUGGGAAUUGCUUGUUCUGCUUGAAUUGACAAGUUUUUCUGCAUAUGGAAACACUCUCCACCAAAUGCUUAUUUAAGCCUAUUUAAAGAGUCGUAAACUGUUGUGAAUAUUUUGUAGGAAAAAAUCCCUUCACCAAAUAAAUCUCUUCAUCAACUAAA